AUGGCACGGAUCACCCUUCAGAAGGUAUCUAAAAGCACCACCGUUGCCUUCAGUCCCAUCGAUGCGCUGCUGCAGCGCGCCGAGCCAGGCGAGUUGGCCGUCCUGGACGAGCGCCAACUCCGCGCAGCGCUGCAGCACGCGGACCAACCGGUCGUGGUGCUGACUGUGCCCGUGCUGACGCCAAUCAGCCUGGAUGACGCUGAGGCCGCUUCCGUCCAACUUGACAAGCUGUUCAUCAGCCAGGUCCAACAAGCAGCACCGGCUGCCGAGGCGACGCGACUGGAGGACAGGGAUGGCACCAAGGCUGGGCGCGCCACGUUUCAUCUGUCCAUGGCGCCCGGGGUCAGGGAAGCCGCUACACUGGUCAUGAACAACGAACAUGGCUCUACUUCUCUGCGUUGCGUGACCGCCAACACGGCGGCGCUGCGUGCCCUAGGACUGGUAGAUGAGCAGGCGGUGCUCGACUUUCUGGCCCGAAGCUUCCGCUCCGACCGGGGCCUGGUCUCCCUGUUCCAAGACUCUGUAAAACGUCUCCUCGCCGGGCAGCUGACCACCGCUAAGCAUUUCGUGCCGGGGGACUUUGGCCGCGACCGCUACUUCUUGAGCCUGAGGAUUUCGCCCUUCGCCUUCCGCACCAGCAGUGUCGUACCGCCCAUAGGAUAUGUCACACCAUCCGGCGUCAACGUAUCCGCAUCGCCCGCUUCGUUCUCGUCACCCGCUACCGACGCCACUACUGCCGACGCCGCCGCCGCCUCAGCAGCAGCAGCAGCAGCCGACGCCGCCGACGGCGGCGCCGACACCGGCGCCAGGGCCAGCGCCAGCGGCGGCGGUGGCGUUAACACUGCCCCCGACGGCGGCUCCCUCUUUCCUGGCAUGUUGUUGGAGCUUGAUGUGCCGUACGAGGGCAAGGAGCUGGCGGCGCGUCUGCAGCGCGACUACAUGAUCUUGUCCAAUAUCCCCUCCAUGGUCACCAUCUUCGACAUGAACGGACACGUCCUCCAUCAGAACCGCUCGUCUGUGGGGUACAUGGGCUACCUGGUGGGGCACGGACUCAGCAUGCGGCAACAAACUAACCGCCACAACUACCGCAACCACCAUAACCCUCGACUGCCGCCGCAACCGGAGUCAGAAUCGGAUCAGCAACCGUCGUACCUUGCUACAGCCUCAGCUGUUGGCGUCGGCGUCGACAGUGAGCAGUACGACGUGUACGGCGGUGGCAGUUGCGGUGGCGUGGCACCGGACUCCAUGGCAAUCACCGCACUGCAGCGGUUAUUUCGGUUAGAUUCCGGUAAACUGGCUGACGUCAUGUCGGCACUGAGGGUGGGCAAGGAGUGGCGCGGCCUGGUCCGCAUGCCGUCCACGCUGCUGCCCGGGGGCCAUGCAAGUACGGGCACUGGGGAUCAGGAGGGGCAUCAGAAAGGCGAGGAGGAGGGCAAGGAGGAGGGCAAGGAGGAGGGGGAGGAGGAGGGGGAGGAGGAGGGGGAGGCGCGGAAGGACCUCCUAGUGGGUGUCCAGCAGCAGCAGCAGCAGCAGCGGCAUGCACAUCAGCGGAUGCAAUCGCCGGUGUUGGCGACGGCGUCGGGGGCGAGUCCCCAAGUCCUCCUCCCGGAGCCUUUGGCGCCGCCGCCAAGCAGCGGCGUACUGGCGGCACCCCCCUCCUCCGCCUCCGCCGCCGGCACUGCUGCUGCCGGCAUGCAGCAGUUGCCACCACCACCACCACCACCACUACCACCGCCACCACCGUCGACGGCGGCAUCUGGGCACCCUCCACCGCGGCCACAGCAGCAGCAGCAGCAGCAGCAGCAUCACCACCCGCAGCGAAGCACCCAGUCCCAGAGCAGUAGCUCUGUGCUGCAGCAGCCGCAGCAGCAGCAAUACCAGAUACAGGAUCAUCAUCAUCAGCAACAACAACAAUUAGGACCAGCACCACAAGCACAGCAGCAAGCUAAGCCGCAGCCUCCAUCGCCGCACUGUGAUGCCGAUACUCCCGGGGCAGCUCGAGUGACCCACGGGUCAUCUCACCUCGCCUCGCUACCAGAGACGGCAGGCGAACGAUCCAGAUCGGCAUCCGGAGCCGGAGCCACUGACGGCAAUCGGGCGUUUCUUGGCAGCAGCAGCAGCAGCAGCAGCACCCAGCAGGCGCCAUCGUGUGCAGAAGCGGUGACACUCAAGUACAAUGGCGCCGGCGGGGUUCCUCCGGCGGCGGCUCCGAGACCACAGCUUUCGUCAUCUGGACCGCGGGAUCUCCGAGCGAGAUUUGUGGAGAGCCUGAAUGCCGCGGUAGACCAGCAGCAGCAGCAGCAGGAAAAGGCGUCGUGCAGGACUACAGGUUACCCAUGGGUCAGUGGCCAUUUAGCCCGCGUGAGUGGCCGGGCCCAUCAGGAGCCAGUGAACAGGGAUGGCCGCGGCGGCAGCGUCGAGCCGGGACCUUUUCCCCACUCACGGGAUGGUGUCGUACAUGAGUACGACAUGGAGGACGACAAGGAGGCGGAGGGACAGGAGGAGGAGGAUGAUGAGGAUGAGGAGGUGGAGGUGGAGGGGGAAGCAAGGACAGGAGGCCUCCAGAGGCGGGGUUUGGCGGACUUGCUUACAGACUUGAGCCUGCUCAAUCCGGUGGUGGAUGGAGGUCGCACCCUCUUCCAGUUGUUCACGGACACGGAUGACACAACCGCCUCGCCCGCCACAGCCUCGGCCACUCCCACUGUAACCGUAACCGCCAACACCUCUGCCAACCGCCUCACUCGAGGCCAUCAGCCGCAACCUGGCGAUUCGGAGUCUGCCGAUCAGCUCCAGAGCUCACGACCCCCCAUGGCCCCUCCAGGGGGGGAUAAAGGCAAUCACGGCAGCGGACCACCCAGCGCCCGGGGCACAGCUGACGACGGUGGCGGUGGUGGUGCUGGUGGCCCGUGCCGUAAUCCACACCAGCCGCAUUGUCCCGGUGUGCAAGUAACUUGGGCGCUGCUGUCUCUCGAAGUUGGCGGUGUGGCCCCUUCUGGCCCGGCGUCGCGGAAAUGGGUUUUACAUACUUGUAUAUCUGGGUACAGAUAUACAGCGCCUGAAAUUGCAGCCACUCCUUUGCCCAGCAUUGUGGGUGUUGUCGUACCCGCUGCAAGCGCAGCCGGCGCCGACGCUGACGUCACGCCCACGCCCUGCCAGAUCCUAGCAGCCCCGGCACAGAAUGGGCCAACGGCGGCAGCGGCGGCAGGCUGGAUUGCGAACCACGGGUCGGUCUUCUCUCAGCUGGUGCUGGAUGCCGGCGGUGGCCGUGCCGGUGGUGCCGGCAGCGGCGGCGGCGGCGGCGGUGCGGCAGCCUGUUCGCGCCGCGGCAUGUUCCUUCUUGGGACCGCCGGCGAAGAGGCGAACGACGCCACGGCGGCAGCAGCGGCGGCGGAGGCAGAGGCGGCGGAGGCCACUGUGAUGAUGACGACGACAAUGAUGAUGAUGACGACGACGACGACGACGACAACAAUGACCCAUGGGACGGCCAACGGCUACACCUUCCCGAACGGUGGCGGCGGCGGCAACUCGUCCCGCGACCCAUCCCUUAUGGACACCAGGCCCCCGGGGCUGGUACCCACCUACGCCAGCCUCGAUCUCACAAACGUCAUGACAGGCAAAGUGUCUGCCGCCGCCGUCGCCGCCGCCGCCGCGCCGAUGCUGCCGCCGAUGCCUUUGAGCCACUGGCUGCAAGUGGGCACCGCCGCCGCCGCUGCCGCCGCCAGGACCGGCGUAGCAGUCUCUGCUGGCUUCCAGCCCGCCACGGUCGCGCAGCAGGAGGUGGCGGGGUGUUGCGGCCGCACCGGUGGCGGCGGCGGCGGUCAGAUUAGACGGGGGUGUGUGCUUUCUGCAGAACACCAAAGCGCGCAGCUAGCGUCACGGUUGACGCCGGCCGGUCAGGCGGCAUCAGCGUCGGCAUCGGCGUCGGCAUCCCACGUGCCGCUUACUCUGCGAUCGCCGCGUCGGUCGCUGCUGAGCCGAGCGAACUCUGAAUCUCUUGAGCGUCCGCGGCGUACGACACGGAACCUGAGCUUUCGAGAAUCUCGGCCAGUGUCCAUCAGCUUGUCGCCCAGGGCCGGAUCUGUCGCCGUUGAUCGCUUCCCUGAAGCGGACUCCAACUCCGCCGUCAAGCCGCCGCCGCCGCCGCCGGCUGCAGCGCCGCCGCCGCCGCCGCAGCAGCAGCAGCAGCAGCUGCCAACAGCCGCCGGUGGCGGAAGCGGCUCCGACCGAGGCGGGCGAGCUACCGACUCCACCGUCGCUGCCGUGGUUUCGGCGCCGCCGAUGCUUGCGCCAGCCACGGCGUUAGCUGCGGAGCGUAACUACGCCUCCGUGUCGUACACGUCCCGUGGAAGCUUCCGUAGGACUUCGCAAAGCCAAUACUAUCAAGAUCCGAGAUCGCGCAUGAGGGCGAUGCUUCGAUCGGUGCUUGCCGGGGGAAGCGUUGGCGUUGGCGGCGGCAGCGGUGGCGGCGGCGGCGGGCCCCCGGCGGGAGGCCUCCGCCUCCAAACGAGCCUCUCCUCCUCCCUGCAUAGCAUCCGCAGCGGCGGCCGCGGCCAUCAGAGCCCUCUAUCCAAUCCGUUGCAGCCAGGCGACGAUUCGUCUUCCUGGCUCGACGUCAGCGGGGCUCCCGUCGGGAUGCUGCUGUACAGCGGUACGGAAACAUCGUUGCCGGGGUACGGCACUGCCACAACAAGCAGGGCGUCGGGGGAUAGGCCCCCGGCGGAUUGGCUGGGGCCGGCGGGAACGUCGUCACUGUCGGCGGCGGCGUCGUUUCGGCGGGGUACGACAUCCGUGAGCGGGCGUGGCGGUGGCGGCGCCCCCGCCGCUGCCGCCGGCGUAGGGGCAGCCGACGGCGCGGCGCACUGUACGCUCAUGAACUCGACGGCUUUGUGCUCCGGAAUGGAAAGCUCGGGUACGAACACGGGUGCCGUACGGUGGCAUGAAGUACACGUGAAACCCGUGGACGACCCUAUAAGCGGCGAGAGAGUCAUCUUGGUCAUCCAAACUGACGUCAGCAGCCAGGUUCGUGCUGAGGAGGUGCUGACACGGGUUCUAGAAGCGGAGCAGCGACUGCUGGCGGACAUAUUCCCCCGUCACGUCGUACGGCACAUGACGGCGGCGCGCAACGCCACGGCGGAGCGGCAACGUAAUGGGCUACAGCUGCUUCGGCACAUCCAGGACCCGGCAGCAGUGGCCACAUCACACGAAUGCAUCACAGUGCUGUUCGCAGAUAUCAAAGGCUUCACGGAGAUGUGCCGAGAGGUACUUCCCGCCACCGUUAUGAUCUUCCUCAAUGACCUCUACACGCGACUGGACAGCCUAACCGACGUGUACGGCGUGUACAAGGUAGAGACCAUCGGCGACUGCUACAUGGUCGCCGGGGGCCUUAUGGCGCGAGAUGAAGAGGGGUACGGACAGUCCGUACGCUCCCGGGAGGAUGCGGACCCGCUUCAUGCCACUCGCGUGGUUGCGUUUGCUCGGGCAAUGCUGGCGGAGGCGGCACGUGUACGACUGCCAAACACAGGCAGGAGGGUGCAGGUCAAGGGCAAGGGCCGCAUGGAAACGUACCUCUGGGUGCCGCAGUCCGAAGGAGAGCACGGGCCGCCCCGGCUGUAUCCACGUAUCCGCCGCUACUCGGGCCUUAUUGAGGGCUGGGGAGGACAUUGGAUGGAUGCCCUCAGGCGGCGUGGAGUGGUAAUAGUGGUGGCGGCGACGGCGGUGGAGGAGGAGGAGGCGGACUCUUUUCGGCCAUUGGCGGAGCGACGCCCAGUGCGGGUGGCUGUCAGAGAUUGGCGCGGGGAGUUGGCGUCGCCAAUGGCGGUGGCGGUGUCGCAACCGUGGCAAGGGAAGCGCCGGCGCCGCCGGCGGCGGCGAUGA